CCCACAACCCGACUCACUUCCGCUUCUCCCACUUCGAGCAGGCCGCGGGCGUCUUCUAUCCCCGCGCCGGCGAACCGAUGGCGGCGGCACCGAAGGCGGAGGCCAUGGACGUCGAGGCACCGGCUAGGCCGCCGUCCACCGCCUCGGACACCAAGUACCGUUCCCCGCACGACCUCCUGGCCGAGACCCGCGCUUCCAUCGAGAAGGUCGCUGCCCGGAUGCUCGCCAUCAAGAGGGACGGCGUCCCCAAAUCGGAGCUCCGCGAGCUCGUCACCCAGAUGUCGCUCCUCCUCGUGACUCUCCGCCAAGUGAACAGGGAGAUACUGAUGGAGGAGGACAGGGUGAAGGCGGAGACGGAGGCCGCGAAGGCGCCGGUGGACUCCACGACGCUACAGCUGCACAACCUGCUGUACGAGAAGAACCACUACGUAAAGGCCAUAAGGGCGUGCCUAGACUUCCAGACGAAGUACCCGGGGAUAGAGCUCGUGCCGGAGGAGGAGUUCCAGCGUGCGGCGCCGGCGGAUAUCCGCGACAAGACCCUCGCUGCUGACGCGUCCCACGACCUCAUGCUCAAGCGCCUCAACUUUGAGCUCGUCCAGCGGAAAGAGUUGUGCAAGCUACAUGAGAAAUUGGAACUCCAGAGGAGCAGUUUGCUGGAGACAAUUGCUAGUCAGAAAAAGUUUCUUUCAAGCCUUCCAUCACAUUUGAAAUCGCUGAAGAAAGCAUCGUUGCCAGUGCAGCAGCAGUUGGGCAUGCAACAUACCAAGAAACUGAAGCAGCACCAUGCUGCCGAGUUGCUUCCAACCCCACUUUAUAUAGCAUACACUCAGUUGUUAGGGCAAAAAGAAGCAUUUGGAGAGAAUAUUGAAGUAGAGAUCAUGGGAAGCACAAAGGAUGCCAAAAUAUUUGCUCAACAGCAAGCCAAGAAGGAAAAUGCAGGCACCUUAUCAAAUGGUGAUCACAACAGAAUGGACGAUGAUGUAAUUGAUGAUGAAGAAGAUGCUCAGAGAAGAAGAUCAAGAUCCAAAAAGAAUGUCAUGAAGGAAGCUAAUAAUCCUGCAAUGGCAUAUCAACUUCAUCCACUUAAGCUUAUUGUCCAUGUAUAUGAUACUGAAGAUUCUGGUGCCAAACGUCGUAAACUCAUCACCCUGAGGUUUGAAUACUUGGCAAAGUUGAAUGUUGUUUGUGUUGGAAUUGAAGAAUCUGAGGGCCUGGACAAUAAUAUCUUGUGCAACCUAUUUCCAGAUGACACUGGUUUAGAGCUGCCUCACCAGAUGGCCAAGAUUUAUGCUGGGGAGCCUCCAAACUUUACUGACAAGAAUUCAAGACCAUACAAGUGGGCACAGCAUCUUGCUGGUAUUGAUUUUUUGCCAGAAGUCCCUCCAUCUGUUGGGGAUGAUUCUAACAGAGCAUUGAGCAGUUCUGAUUUAUCAUCUGGGCUUGCUCUAUACCGUCAGCAGAACCGUGCACAGACUAUUUUGCAGAGAAUCCGUUCGCGGAAAGUUGCACAGAUGGCUCUUAUGUGGCAACUUGAUUAUUUGACAAAGCUGAAGUGGCCUCGAAUAGAACAUAAGAAUACACCGUGGGCAUCACGCACCCCAUUGUGUAGUUUGCAUAGCUGGUCAUUGACAGGUUCUUUUCCUCAGCCAUUGUCUCGUUCUAGUUUGAUGGUAAAUGAGGCUGCAAGCAGUGUUGACAGUGAUCUAGAGAGAAGAUCUGUGAUAAACUGGGAAGAAACUGAGAGUAUCAGAGAGGAUGGGGAGCUCCCGGUUGUCAUUCAUGCUGAGAACAAGACAAACAGUUCUGCAAUUUUGCCCUCUGAGAUGUCACCUGAGGUUCGGAGCCAUUCUAGAGGCUUAUCCCUGAUAUCAAAGAGUGCAACACCAUCUAAGCUAAACAUCUCACACAGUUUUGGUAGAAAUGAGGAUGAUCUAGAUCUCUUGAUGUAUAGUGACAGUGAGUUGGAGGACCAGCCCUUCAUUCAGGAAGAAACUCAAAAAGGUAACCUAAUUAUAGACAAAUCUUGGGAGGAUUAUGCUUCCAAGGAGUUUACCAUGGUCUUGAGUAAGGCUAUGAAGAAUGGUCCAAAAGUUAUGCUGGAAGCCAAGGUUAAGAUAAGCAUGGAAUAUCCUCUCAGGCCUCCCCUUUUCAGAUUACGUUUGCUCUCAGAAAAGUCUGAAACUUUGAAGUGGCACAAUGACCUCCGUGCAAUGGAAACUGAGGUAAAUCUUCACAUCCUUAGAAGCCUACCUUGGUCAUGUGAGGAUUAUAUAUUGACUCACCAAGUUAUGUGCCUGGCUAUGCUGUUUGACAUGCAUUUUGAUGAGGAUUACGAGAAAAGAAAAGUUACUUCAGUGAUUGAUGUUGGCCUCUGCAAACCUGUUAGUGGAACCAUGCUUACUAGAUCAGUUAGGGGAAGAGACCGUCGGCAGACUAUUUAUUGGAGAGGUGCUGAUUGCUCUUCAAGUUAUUUGUAGAGUAUGAGUAAUCAAUAUUACUCAUUUACUCUUAAUUGACUUGACUUGAGCAUUGAUUGUCAUUUGGAGGACACAGAGUUGGGGAUACUGCCCCUUCCCUUUCUGUCCUUUUUCUGGUACUGACAGAACUGAGCUUACACAGAACCCUGGUUAUGCCUUCUUUCUUGACAACAAUAGCUGGUAAGUUCGCCCGCUGGCCAUGUUGACUGUCCUUCGCUAUGUUUCUGGUUAUUUUACUAUGAUCUGCAGCCUGUAGAGAGCCUAUAUAUGUUGUGAGUUACCACAAGGAUGACUGCAUACAUUUUGUAUUAUUGAGCUUAUCGAAAUGCGAGAGGCCUUAUCAUAUAUUCUGUAGUCUUGUCGAUACCGGCAGCCGUUCAGAGUCUAUGAAACUCAUCCUCAACUAUGGACUAUAUCCUGAAUUUUACCCUGAACAUUUACAGCUACCAUUGAGUCUUGGAAGCUCGCAGCAUCUUCUAGCAACAAAGAACUUGGUUAGACCUGCCCUUGUCAGCAGCCUGAGUUACUGGAAUUGCCUCUGCUUGACUGACAGCUGUGGGAUGAUGGCUUACGAGAUAUACUUGGCCUUUCAAUUAAUCCAUUUGAGUAACGUCGCAGGUGUGGUAACAUUUUGCUCUGUUAGAAACACUGGAACAGAAAGAUGACACUUGUGGCCAACAAGGGUGUAAACGUUUGACUGCUUUUUUUGUGUCCCGACCGUGGGAACAUGUUAGAUCUAAACCAUGAUGUAGAUCACAUAUGGAAUAAUUAGAACAUAAAAGUGCACGAGAAUGGCAUGUUUAAAGUGCAUCAAAGAAUCUAUGGUACUUUCACCUUU